GGCGAUUCGCGAGCGAACGUGUUGACGGCACUAUUGUUAUUGUAAAAUUUCCAGUUCUCCCUUCUCAAUGCUCCUCAUCCACUCUGGCUACCCCAAUUCCACUGUGUCGCGCGGAUCUAAUGACCCAUAUAUCUUGGACCCGUAUCUGGCCACCGACUAGAUCGUGGGCUGUGACUAUUAUUGUUUCUUCUCCAGCAGAUAUCUAAGGUAGGUCCCAGGUAGGUAACAGAGGUGCUUGCUCUUCUAUUAGGGACCAGAGAGCAAGCCAGCGCGCUCAAGCACACGCGUCGGUCUUCAAUCUGGUCGCUGCAUUCCGGAUGCCCUCACGUCGCAGCCAUACCAAGUCCCGGAGGGGGUGCCUCCAAUGUAAAAAAAGACAUGUCAAGUGUGACGAAGGGUCACCCAGAUGUGGCUUAUGCAAAAAAAGAAGGCUUGAUUGCACCUAUCCGCCAUCCAGCGAUGCCGAGAGCCAGCAUCACUCCCCGCCGCAGGAUUCCGCCGAAGCGACAUCUAGUUCUGAUGGUGAAACACCAUCUACGCGGAUGCUUGAGAUGAAGCUGUUCCAUCACUAUCUAACCGAGACCUACAUCACGCUGUGUCAAGGGCGCCUGGACGCCAACCAUUUUCAAGUAGUCAUCCCGCGCAUUGCGGUAUCUCAUACGUUUUUGUUAGACAGCCUUCUAGCCCUGUCGGCCCUGCACCUUGCCUAUUUGGAGGUGCAAGAUAACCCGAAAUGGCUCGAGGUUGCUCUCAAGUACCAGAACCGAGCUUGUUCUGCCUUCAGUCGCGUGUUGGCGGAGAUGUCGCCCGAAAGCUGUGGCCCGGCUUUCAUCUGCUCCAUCUUUAUCAUGCUAUGCGCAACUGCCUACCCCUGUGUCACCCAAGAUAGAGAUACAUUCGACCCUCUAUCCCAUGUAUUAGAGAUCCGCCAGCUCAUCGCGGGCUGUGCCUUCCUCUUUGAGCAGCUCAACGGCAUGGAAUAUCGGGGUGACCUACAAGGGUGGCUGAAGUAUAAAGACGAUGAGGUCGACCAGGAUGGCAAUCCAUAUCACGUGCAGGACUCCCAACUUAAAUUACGAAGUGCCAUCAUAGAGUCCCUUGGCCGCGUCAAGGCGAAAUACACCAGUCUUGACGGGCCACACCAAGCUACAUAUCAGGGUACGUGGGAGAUACUUCACGAAGCGAUCAAGCGAUGGCCAUUCGGUGGCCCGAACGGUGGUGUCAUUGCAUGGCCCAUCAAUAUCAGCGAAGACUAUAUUGUCCUCCUGAAAGACAGGGACUGGGUGGCCCGUGUUCUAUUUCUUCACUACGGGGUCGGCCUGCACCUCCUUUCCGACAAGUGGUUUGUCCGGGACUGGGGGAGGCGCCUCAUUGAGACUGUCUUGCAGUCGGAGGACGAAAUCCCCUCUAUGUGGGCAGAGACUAUCUCCUGGACGAGACAGGCGAUGAUCGGAACCCUGGCUCUUGAUGUAAAUUCCGGUGUCGCGGGAGAUUUCAUCCCAGUUCAGGCUGCACGGAGACUGUCGAUCCGGGGAACGAGGACGGGAGGUUGGUGGCAGAGUUUCUGCAUCCAUGGCGAAAGUUGGGACGGGCUCGCUAACAUGAAGAAUCACCAACCGGGCAACAACCCAGGCCACGAUGCCGAAAAGCAGCCACUCCUGACGCCGUUGGCCACUCCGGUCGCGUCAUCUCGCUCGUCCUUAUCGCCCGAUAAGAACCCCAGUGCUUCAGCCAUGUUCCGGCUGGCCAAGUUCACCUUCCUAUCCAGCUUGCUCUUGUGCCUCUUGGUGUUUCACUUGCCCAGCGCGCUCACCUCACCACUGGAGUUCGCGACUAGCAAGCUAGCACAUCAAGCUGAAUUGGAAGAUGGCAAGCGCGGUGCGGCAGCGAGCGAAAGUGCGAUCUGCAGUCGCCAUGGAACCGACAUCAUCACAAUGGGGGGGAAUGCUGCCGACGCUCCUGGACUUUUUACCGCGGCCCAUCGUUAUCGUACUGACUUUGCUCGACCAGAUGGUUGCAACAAUGCUCUGCGCAUGUACCACAGUGGCAUUGGAGGGGGUGGCUUCAUGCUAGUCAAGGCCCCCAACGGCUCGUUCGAAUUCAUCGACUUUCGCGAAACGGCCCCGGCGGCCGCUUUCGAGGAGAUGUUCGACAACAAUACCGAUGCUGCCACAUCCGGCGGCCUGGCAAGUGGCGUUCCGGGGGAACUGCGUGGCCUGGAGUAUCUUCAUAACAAAUACGGCUCUCUACCAUGGUCCACCGUUGUGCAGCCAGCCAUCCAGACUGCGCGGGAGGGGUUUCCGGUCGGGCAUGACUUGGUCCGCUACAUGAAGUCAGCCGUCGGCGAUGGGGAGGACUUCCUCUCUCAGGACCCUAACUGGGCGCUUGACUUCGCUCCCAAUGGCACUCGGCUUGGCCUUGGCGAUACCAUCACACGGAAGCGGUAUGCGGAUACACUGGAAACCAUUGCGAACGAGGGCGCGGACGCCUUCUACUCCGGAGCAAUUGCGAAAACCAUGAUCAAUGCAGUACAGGCUGCUAACGGUACGAUGACACUCGAGGAUUUGCGUAAUUAUACGGUCGCUAUACGGAACGUCUCGCAAAUAGACUACCGCGGCUAUAAGAUCACGAGCACCACGGCACCGUCCAGUGGCAUUGUCGCGAUGAAUGUCUUAAAGGUUUUGGGCACCUAUGACGACUUGUUUGAACCGGAUAAUAUUAACCUAAGUACUCACCGGAUGGACGAGGCUAUACGUUUUGGAUAUGGACUGAGGACCAAUCUUGGAGAUCCUUUGUUUCUCGAUGACAUGGAUGAAUACCAGGCACGCAUGCUGGCCGACUCAACGAUUGAUGAGAUCCGAGGGAAUAUAUCCGAUUUCGCAACUCAAGAUGUGUCUGCGUACGAUCCACGAGGCAUUGAGAGCCUUGAGACUCCUGGUACCUCGCACCUUGCCACUAUCGAUCAUACGGGGCUCGCUGUUUCCGCAAUCACCACGAUCAACCUGCUCUUCGGGAGCAAAGUCCUGAUUCCUAAGACCGGCAUCAUAAUGAACAAUGAAAUGGAUGACUUCUCGAUCCCCAACUCAUCCAAUUCAUUUGGCUAUGUUCCUUCUGAGGCAAACUUCAUCCGACCUGGGAAACGCCCACUAUCGUCCAGCACACCAGCAAUUGUGACUCACCCCAACGGUACAGUGUUCUUUGUUGCUGGCUCAGCUGGAGGAAGUCGCAUCAUCACCGCCACCAUCCAAAACAUCAUCCAUGCCGUCGACGAAGGCCUAUCGGCAGCCGAGUCCCUAGCGAAGCCCCGUCUUCACGAUCAGCUAAUCCCGAACUACGUAACCUUCGAAUACACAUACGACAAUGAGACCGUGGCGUUCAUGAAGGAAAGAGGUCACAACGUGACCUGGAUCGCCACUGGCCAAAGCACAGCCCAGGCAAUCCGGGUCUUGCCUAAUGGAACAUUCGAUGCUGCUGGGGAACCUAGACAGGCGGACUCUGGCGGCUUCGCUGUUUGAAGAUAAAGAUUGGGAGAGUCGUUUGCCCAUUGGAGUUUGGACUAUACAUACGGUGUUUGAGCAUCCAUUGGCUUUGAGAAAUUUUGGUAUAUGACGGCUGAUACUUAGAAGGUCGACUGCGACCGCAUCAUGAAGAGAGGUAAAACGC